AUGUCUAUUAGACAAAUAUAUGCCACACGAAACGAGCCAAGUGUCUCUUUGGAGUUCUUUCCUCCCAAGACGGAAUCUGGGACCAGAAACUUGAUGGAGCGUAUGGGUCGUAUGUCCGCAUUAGAUCCUCUUUUCAUUACGGUGACUUGGGGAGCAGGUGGUACGACUGCCGACAAGACAAUGGAAUUAGCAGUUUUAGCAUCUAAGGAAUUGCAUCUACCCGUUUGUUUGCAUUUAACUUGCACGAAUAUGGAAAGGCAUAUUAUUGACGAUGCCCUAGAAAAAUGUUUGAACAAUGGCAUACAAAAUAUCUUAGCUUUGAGAGGGGAUCCACCUGUUGGUGAAGACUGGACAGAGAACGAUGCUGAUACGGGGUCCGGAUUCAAUCAUGCAGUCGAUUUAGUGAAAUAUAUCAGACAACAAUAUGGAGAUAGAUUUUGUAUCGGUGUUGCCGCCUAUCCAGAAGGUCAUUACCAAAGUGAUGUAGAUGGUGUUGUACAAGAUCCUAUUAGAGAUUUGGCAUAUUUGAAGGAGAAAGUGGAAGCAGGUGCUGAUUUUGUAAUUACUCAAUUAUUUUAUGACGUGGAAAAAUUUAUUAAGUUUGAGCAAAUGUUUAGAGAUAUUAUUUCCAAUGAUCUUCCGUUAAUUCCUGGAUUGAUGCCAAUAAAUUCGUAUUCAUUAUUCCAAAGAGCCGCAAAAUUAUCGCAUGCAUCUAUUCCACAACAAAUAUUGAAUAAAUUUCCAUUGGAAAUUCAAGCCGAUGAUCAUAUGGUUAAAUCUAUCGGUGUGGAAAUUAUAAUUGAUAUCAUAGAAGAAAUUUAUAGAAGAACUUCUGGAAGAGUUAAAUGCUUCCAUUUUUACACACUAAAUUUGGAGAAAGCUAUAGCGCAAAUAGUUUCUCAAUCCCCCCUUUUAAGUCAUAUUUUAGAGGAAACUGAAUCUAAAGAAAAUAAUGAUGCAGCUUUUGUUACACCACAGGAUAAUGAGUUAAUUGAGCCUGAUGAAGAUGGUGAUAUUGUUUUAGAUGAUGCUGAUAUGGAUGAUUUCCAUGAAGGCAAGAAAAGGAGGAGACAUUCCAGUAAUGUAUCUGCAGAAUUUAUGCUUAACCGUGCCUUAGUAACGCAAAGAGGAAGUAGUGGAUUAUCUGAUCGAUUGUUAGACCAAAACAAUAGUGGAAAUAUGCCCUCCAAGAAAUUUGUCAUUUCCAUUUCAAAAGGGUCUGGUGCCCUAGGUCGUGAUGCUACGUGGGAUGAAUUUCCCAACGGUAGAUUUGGUGAUUCUAGAUCACCUGCUUAUGGUGAAAUAGAUGGUUAUGGUCCUACCAUUAAAGUCAGUAGUAAGAAGGCUUACGAACUUUGGGGACAGCCCACAUCAAUGAAAGAUUUGAAGAGUAUAUUCAUAAAAUAUUUGGAAGGCUCCAUAGACGCAUUACCAUGGUGUGAUCUUGGUCUUUCGGCAGAAACUGGUUUAAUCCAGGAAGAACUAAUUCAAUUAAAUUAUAGAGGAUAUCUUACGUUAGCAUCACAACCAUCUACUAAUGGUUCAUCUAGUACGGAUAAGAUAUUUGGAUGGGGUCCUAAGAAGGGGUUAGUAUAUCAAAAAGCAUUUGUAGAGAUGUUUAUUCCUAAGCAACAAUGGGAAAAUGUAUUAAAACCAAAGAUCAAACAAUAUGGUAUUGGUAAAUUCAGUUAUUAUGCUGGUGAUGCAACAGGGACGUUUGAUACCAAUUUAGAACCCAAGAGUUCCAAUGUUGUCACGUGGGGUGUAUUCCCUAAUAGUCAAGUGAUCCAAACAACAAUCAUUGAAGAAGAAUCAUUCAAAGCUUGGAGAGAUGAAGCAUUUAGUAUAUGGUCAGAAUGGGCCAAAUUAUUCCCUAGGAAUACACCAACGAACCUAUUUUUAAGACAAGUAUAUUCAGAUUACUGCCUUGUAUCCAUUGUACACCAUGAUUUUGUCGAACCUGAUGAACUAUGGGAAGUAUUAUUUGAUUAA